AUGGCAUCCAAAACUUGGCUUAUUACCGGCGCUUCAUCUGGCCUCGGAGCCGCAAUUGCUGAGGCAGCCCUCCAAGCCGGCCACAAGGUGAUUGCCACGGCUCGCAAUCCCUCUAGAGCAGCCGAAGCCAACCCGCAGAUCUCGAAGCUCGGAGGUACUUGGAUCGAGCUUGACGUCACAAGCUUAGAUACCCCGAAGAAGGUCGAAGCUGCAAUCAACGAGGCUGGUGGCUUCAUUGAUGUAGUUGUGAACAAUGCCGGGUACUCGCUGCUGGGCAGUAUUGAGGACAUGAGCGAGACAGAAAUCGAGGCCCAAUUUAGCACAAAUGUGUACGGUCCUGUUCGUGUAUUGAAGGGCGUUCUUCCUUUCAUGCGGGCGAGAAAUUCCGGAACUGUUGUCAACAUUAGCAGCAGUGCUGGCAUUGAUGGAUUACCCACUUGCGCAAUGUACGCUGGGUCAAAGUUUGCUCUUGAAGGCAUGUCCGAAAGCCUCGCGAGAGAGCUAGUGCCAUUCAAUAUCCGGGUGCUUGUCGUCGAGCCGGGUUCGCUUCGUACGAAUUUCUGGACUGCCUAUGUUGAGCCUGCUGCGGGCAUGAACACAGACUACGCCGGCACGCCCCUGGAACAAGUUCUCCAGGCUUUCAAGUCAAACAAGGGGACACAGCCAGGCGAUGCUGUCAAAUGUGCCCAGAGAGUCUUGGAUGUCGUGGACAGUACAGGCAUGGGCGCUGGGAAAGGAAACCUGCUUCGAUUACCGCUUGGCCCGGACUGUUAUAAGCGCUUUCAAACUUAA